GGAAGCCCAUCCCCCAGAAUGGAGCUGCUGCACAAUAUCGACCCAAACUUUGUAGAUAUUUCACCAUGUCCUGGGAGCAGCAUGGCUCCAGCCAAGGAUGAUUCUUCCCGUCUGGAACAUUCAGCCUUCAACACAUCUAUCCAUGCUGCCAUUAGAUACCAGAAUUGGAAACUGCUCACAGGCUACCCAGGCUGUGGUCACUGGUUUCCCCCACCAUCUCAGUAUAAUGUUUCUGUGAUACCCUCACCGGACCCACCAGCCAAGACCCUCUGGCUCUUUGACAUUGACCGGGACCCGGAAGAAAGGCAUGACCUGUCUAGAGAAUAUCCCCACAUCGUCAAGAAACUGCUUUCCCGCCUGCAAUUCUACCAGAAACACUCAGUGCCUGUGUACUUCCCGGCACAAGACCCCCGCUGCGAUCCCAAGGCCACUGGGGCCUGGGGCCCUUGGAUGUAGGAUUUUAGGCAGCCUGGAGGGCAGCUUGAAAGCCUCUCUGCAAGUUGGACUCCAGGCCUUUACUCAUGUGAUUCUUGUCUCGUUUGUUCUCCCAGCCUGGGUGCCCCUGGCCCUGCUCUUGCUCCUAAAUCACAUUGAGUUGUCUAAUUUCAACCCCUGGUGCAAUUGAGGUGCUGAUAAAAUCUGAACACUGAUGCUGUUGGCUGGGGUAUGUGUCCAGAGGGGAGGGUGACUGGGUUUACCCUCCCUUUCCUGAGCUGCGGGAUUGCUGGGAACUUGACUUAAAAGAGGAAGUUACUGAGUCUUGGAGGCUGGAGCAGCUGGUUCUUUUUGCCUCACAAGUCAAAUGUUAGAUUUCCCUCUGCAAUAGCCGGGUUUUAUUGGAGUGACUCACGUUUCUUGUAACAAAUGAAAGGGUUAGACAGUCCUUAAUGGUUCUGUUGGCCACGGGUUCUCCUGCCUGUGAGAGAUCCUGUUCAGGCAUCCCCUGUGAAUAACCCGCCUUGGUUCACCCCUCGCUCAUGCAUCUCAUCACUCACCUCAUCACUCAUCCUGUCACAGAGCAUAAGGCUUGUUUCAUUAUUAACAUGAGUUUGGCAAUAUGCCUGCUCCUUAGUUUUGGGCUUUACGAUUAAGGAAUGUGUUUUUAUCCCCCGGUUUUUCCCAACCGUUGCUCAUCUUGUCUGGACUGCCAGCUACCCCUACGCCCUUUGGGGUUCUUUUUCUGCCUUUCCUCUGAUUCAGGCAUCCUGCGCCUGGGAAGGCUGCUUUGCUUCUCCACUAUGAGCACCACUGGUCUCUGAUACACUGCUGAGUCCUGCCUUCCUUCUGCCCCUGACCCUGAAGCUGGAGGGCUACCUAGAAAGAACGGCGAGUCUAGCUCUGUGGGCAUGUUCAUGGCAGUACCUGGGUCUCUGUCAUCUGCUCGGAGAUGUUUUUUCCUAGUUGCAUGGAGUUUAUUCUCAUGAUUAUGGCUAAGUGUCAAAAUAUAUUUAGUUGCACUGUUCUUCACUAGAAGUGAGGAGAAACCUUGGGAAAGGAUAAUAUUGUUCUGAGAUGAUGCAAGUAGUAUGCAGUUUGAGAAAGGAAAUGGCCAGCAUGUGGGAUACUGGACCUCAAUAACACAGAAGGCAUAUCCAUGUUUCUCUUAUUUUCUCAGCUUUACUCCCUUUAUUAAGGUUGGGGGAAGAGCAUACACAGUUUGAUCUUCCAGCUCUUUUUCAGCCCCACCAACAUCCUACUAACAUGAACAAGUUCAGAUGAGCUUCAAAGAGUGUCAAACUCAGGAAAAUGUGGCCAAAAUCUACAUUCCCUUUUUUUUGCAUGAACUCCACUGUUUCAUUCAAUGCUUAUAUCCAAUGCCUGGAUCAAUGCCUACUUCAUGGAAGGCACUCAGUACACCUUUUUAAAAAAUAAGUGAGUGAAUGAACAAAUGAAUAAAUGAGAAAGUCUCACACCAGGGAAGAUGCUAGUUCAAUGAGCUGAGUACUGGGCUGAAUAUAACUAUCUUCCAAUGGUCACUUUUCUGUUCUCAAGCUGCC